UCUAUGGCGGAAGCCGUUGGCGCCGCGGUGGCGCCAGCGGGCCCCGGCCCGGAAUCACCUGGAACCGGGCCCCGAACGCCGAGGGCCGUCCGCCCCCGCUUCGCCGGCGCCGCCUGGCGGUGGCAGCCCGGAAACAACAGGCCAGAACCGGGGUGGGAAAAGAAGGGGAACCGCCCGUAGCGGUCCUCAGUGCCCGCGGUGGCCGAGGCGGAGGGGCGGGAGCCCGGCCUGAGAUUCCGGCGGCCCCCGCGCGCCCUUCUGCCUUCCGGAACUGCGAAUGGCACCCCCAGAUCAGGCACAUGGGUCCGGACCUUCCUCUGGGCUCAUCGGCAUUGCUAGGAACAACGACGGAGGUGAUGGGAUGGAAGAGACAGAGGCGGAAGAAAAGGAAAGGAACGCAACCAAGAGGAAGAGGGACAAGGUGGUGGUCCACGAAACCCCCCGGAAUCGUCCUGUGAGCAAAUCCAUCACGGAAGCCUUGUGGACGACAUUUAAAACGAAGCAUCACGUCAGGACCGCUGAAGCGGUAAGACCGGCCGGAGAUUUGACAAUCUCCGUUCCACGGGUUACAGCCUGGUUCCAGAGCACCAGAAGGAAACACCAGGAAACGGCUAAGGUCCAGAAGAAGGCGACAAAGUGCACAGGAUGAAGUCUUCCAUAACCCACUGCACGUGCUCCCCUUAAAACGGAUUGGGAAGAGUAAUUCCUUCUACGUCUCCAGCUCCGCGCCCCGACACCAGCCCAGAGGGAUUCAGAAAUCCCACCACCUCCGGUUCUUGAAAACACAGUACCAUUGACUUGCGUCUGAAACGCAUUCCCCCGUGUCUCCAAGAGCAUGCAAUUAGCAACUGUGUCCGAGGGGUGGGAUAUUCAGGUAUCAGCGUGACUUGGUGGAAAAAGCACGAUACUGGGAGUCAGAAGAGCCAGGUUUCAGUCCCACGUAGACCUCAUUCCUGUUGCGUGAUCUUGGGCAGGUCCCUUUCUUUCUCCGUUUCUCUUUCCCCACCUGUGAAAUGGGAACAAGAGUCCUGUUCUCUCCGCAAGCUCCGGCUCUCACCCCUCCCGCAAUGCUUUGCCCUCUCUGGCCUGACGAGUGCAGAGAUGGACCUGAGGCAGCAUGAACCACCCAGAGGAGCUGGCAGAGCCCUGACUGCGGAGGCCUAAACCAUGAUUCCCUCUUCCUCGGAGUUCAGUUCGAGGGUCACUUAUACACACUUCAGUUUCGGAGGAAACCUCGUCCCCCUCCCCUCACCGCCCCAGCCCUUGUUCUACCUGGGUUCCUUCUUCGCAUAGUUCACGGAAGGUCUCUCUUCCCCUCUACCCCAGAGCUGCCCCCUGCUUGCUCCAUCGGGCAAUCUGGGAAUUCCAAUUCUGAAAACGUCAAACAUAAGCCAUUGAAAAGGGCAGACUUUGACAUAUCUUCUUGAAGGAUUUCACCCGAUUGAAAUUGCAUCGUGAAGGAAUUGACCUGAAUAAAAGUUUUGUAGAGGAUAUUGCUCUAAAUCACCGUUGGCUUCCAAGUUCUAGUCUAAAUUGAAACCAUCACUUAUUUCCCUAGGUAAAUGUAUA